AUGAUCUUCUUUCAACUUCAGUUCCAUAGUGCAGCUUCCACCAUUGGAAUUGGAUGUACAAAGAUUACUAAGGCCAAAAACGAGGGUUCGAUGAAUGCAAAUGUAGAAUCAAGAGCAUACCUUGAAAAAAAACUUGUCUUUUGCUUUGGCUCUUAUGUUGCAGCCCAAUUGCUACUUCCUUUUGGGGAAGAAAACAUUCUUUCUUCUUCAGAGUUGAAGCAGGCACAGGAGAUAGCUACGCGGAUGGUAAUUCAGUAUGGGUGGGGCCCUGAUGACAGUCCAACAAUUUACCACCAUGGCCAUGCGGUGACAGCUUUGAGUAUGGGAAACAGCCAUGAGUAUGAGAUGGCUGCUAAAGUUGAAAAGAUUUAUUAUUUAGCAUAUGAUAAAGCAAGAGCUAUGCUUCACAAUAAUCGUAGAGUGCUUGAAAAGAUUGUGGAGGAAUUGCUUGAGUUUGAAAUAUUAACAGGACAGCAACCGUGUGACCGAGGCAAUCACCCGGAGGAGGAAUCAAGAUUGCGAGUAGGAUUUCGCACAGGAUUUCACAUUUGGUUGCCAUUGUUACUUGUGUGUGGAGAGAGAGAGAGAGAAGAGGAUGAAGCUGCUGUGAACAACCUUGGUGAGAGAGCUUUAGAUGAGAGAGACGAACUGCUGGACGCCUGGAAGGAAGCCUGGAACUCCUCAACUAGAAUGCCUAGAAUGAAGCCUCAAAUGCCUCUGCUGAAUGAUGAGAUGAGAGUGACGAAGAGACGAUGA